UCACUACUGACACUACUUUUCGCACUUUAUGUCGGAGUUAUGAUAUAUAACGCGAAGAUGUCUAUGAAAGACAGAGACAACUGUCUGGACAAUUGUACGGCAAAGCCGGCGGCCAUUGAGAGGUCAGAGACCACACCAUUGCUGAACGACAAGACUCUCAUAGCAUUGCAACAAUUGGCCAAAAACUGUGACGAAAACUAUGGAAAGUUUAGUACAUUAAACAAGAAGAGCGGAUACGAAGAGAUUGUGGACAAGAAAUUACAAUUAGAUGACAACGAGGACGACGACAGCUCUAUCAUGAAUAACUGUUUUUGUUCACUCAUCUUAUCGCCGGUUUAUAUAGUAUUUUGGGCGACAAUGCCUAAGAGAUGGCCGAUUUGGACCUUUAUUGUCUCCAUUGCAUAUCUAACCGCACUUUCUUACGGCACCGUUUGGGCCAUCAGUGGAUUCAGUGAUGCCCUAUCCAUUCCCCAUACAGUAUCCGGAAUGACAUUAUUAGCAGCCGGUUCUGCGGUGCCUGAUUUGGUCACGUCUAUCAUCGUGAUCAAAAAGCACGGUCUGGCCUCAAUGGGAAUGUGCGCUGCGAUCGCGUCCAACAUCUUCGCCAUUGUGGUCGGUUUGGGUCUGCCGUGGCUUUUGAAGUGUUUGAUACAAUUAUAUCAAACUAACGGCGAUUACUCGAUGGCGUUCAUACCGAUAGAGAGCGACGCCCUUCCCUAUACAUCCAUCGUGUUAUUGAUUACGAUUUUCGCACUCCUCUUAUCAUUAAAACUGUGCGAUUGGCGACUCUACACAACACUGUCCCUAAUCUGUGCCCUCAUUCACCUUAUCUUUAUGGGCGCCAGUAUUUCACUUGAAUUGUUUGUUCACUCCUGAG